AUGAGUGAUACUGAGGCAUUGGAGAUUGGUGUCUGCCGCGGUCACUCCGAGAAUGUUUCUGCUUGCCUCUUCCACCACUACCAAGACCUAAUCCUCUCCGUCGGCGGAGAUGGCACAAUUUGUGUGUGGCAUCGCAGCAAGCUGACCACCGUCCGGUCUUUCAAACGGGACACCACCCGGUUCUGGGCUAACGUUUCUCAUCCAAAGAGGAAUCUAUUCGCCACUUCCCACGAUACCGGUGCGAUGGUGUUCAAGCUGGAACGUGAGGGCCUUGCCUCCACUCUUUACCGGGAGAGGCUCGUCUACGUUACGAACAAGAAAGAUUCAUACGACUUCGGCAAAGAUGUCGACAUGCCUCCUAUCCUGUCGCUUCGCCAUAAGGCUCUUCCUCGAACCCUCUCGUAUAACCGCGCCACGUAUGCCAUCCUGCUCACUUACCCCAACCAUCCUGGAACAUAUGAGCUCAUGUCUUUGACUCGCAACGCAAAACGUGCUGAUGAGUCCACCGUUAUCAGCAGCGACCCUGCUAAAACUACUUCUUUGCCACCCUUAACCGUUUCGCCGUUUUCAAUUCUGCUACCCAGCAGGUGGUACGAAAGACAUGUACUUUGGUGGCACUGGACGCCUGCUCUUAUUACGCACACUACCGUUACUCUCUUCGAUGUCCAACAGAAUAAGCAGUUGGCUGAGAUUGCGGUCGGUGGUGUGAACAACCACAAUGUUACAAUUGCUACCGCCGCUCUACGGAGAAUGAGCACCUUACACGAGAAUAUUCGUAUCAAGAGCGCUAGUUGGGAUGAUUCUGGUGUGCUUAUCUACUCGACUCUCAAUCACAUCAAGUACUCGCUACUGAACGGGUAUGUUAUUGCGUUAUUUGUUUUAUCCGACAUCUAUGCUAACGAUUUAUCGACAUGCGGCAAUGAUAGUGGAAUUGUCCGCGCCUUUGACCAACACGUCUACCUUGUCCGCGUCACAGGAUCCAAUUUGUACUGCCUCGACUGCAACGCCCAGCCUCAGAUCCUUUCCAUCAACCCUGCAGAGUAUCGAUUCAAGUUGGCACUAGUCACAAAAAACCAUAAAAUGAUGCUUCAGGCCGUCAAGAACACCACACUGGUCGGUCUGAGUAUCAUUUCGUACAUCCAAAAGAAGGGCUAUCCCGAGAUUGCUAUGCAAUGUGUACGGGACCCGCGGACACGUUUCGAUUUGGCCCUAGAGUGUGAUAAUUUCAAGGCCGCUAUCGUUAUCGCUCGCAGAAUAGAUGAUCCUAGCUACUGGGACCGACUGGGACCACAGGCCUUGGCUCAUGGUAACCACAAAACUGCGGAAAUGACGUACCGGAAGCAGCGCAACUUCAAGAAGCUCUCCUUCCUCUAUCUCGCCACUGGUAAUCAGGAGAAGCUGUCCCGCAUGGCCCAGAUGUCUAAGCUCCGUGGAGACUUUGUCGGCCGCUUCCAGAACGCCAUCUACCGUGGUGACGUUGUGGAUCGCAUCCAAUUGUUGAAGAAGGUGGAUCAGUAUAGACAAAAUGACUUUAAUGAGAAAGCUGAGCCCAUUCAUGAGGCUAGCGGUCUCACGGAAGACCAGAUAGUCCUACCCUGGUUCGAGAUGCCCCUCACAGUCCCGCAUCCUAUUGUUCCCACCUUCAAAUCAAACCGGCCUGUCAGGACGACUGAUCCCUCUUCGUUCAAGAAGGCCUUGGUCGGCUGGGCCGAUUCUGGGGACAAGGCGGCUACUGAUGGCUUCGAGGUUGAAGGCGAUAUGGAGGCUGGUCUCGGCAAGAACUUCGAUGAGGAGGUCAAUGCCUGUAACCGGGAGGGAGAUGAUAUUAGUUUUGGGCUCUUGCAUGAUGGGAACAUCGAAUCCAACGACAGACACACCAUGGAAAGCAAAUGCACGAAAGCUUCGUGUCCCGGCGUACAGUGUUCGUGA